CUCAGCUUUUCCCCGACUCCGUCACGCCCCUGCAGAAGCUGGUUACAAUGGAACCUCCUGACCAGCACACGUCCCAAGUGUACUCAGGGGCAUACCCUGCCCUCUCUCAAGUCCACCUCCCCGGUAUGAGAGUGAGUGCGGGCUCUGGUUUUUGUCGGGUUCUUCUGUGCAACCGUGCCAGGCCCCGUUUUCUUUCGUCAGUCAGAGGUCUUCCGGAAGCGAGCUGGACAGGCAGCUCCCAGGACAAGGCAGCUUUCCGCUCCCGGGCCGACCCGUACACUGGGGCCGCUCCAUCGUGCCGGGGUGUUUACGGAGAAGAGUGAGGCCUGAACCCAUGAAAGACAAGCCCACAUGGGCGACAACACUGGUAGUCCACGGAGCUGGGCCGACGCGGGCGCAACAGAGACUCGCACAGUCGCGCCGCUUCCAAACCGAGCUCGCUAGGACCUCGCCCCGCCCUGCCCCGCGGCGGAGCACCUCCCGCUCUCCAGUCUCUAUGGUACCAACUUCCGGCGCGCGCUACCCCUCGCGAGACUUCGGCGGCGCAGCAAUGGCCAGACCAUGCCGCGUCACUGCUCCGCUGCCGGCUGCUGCACACGGGACACGCGCGAGACGCGCAACCGCGGCAUCUCCUUCCACAGACUUCCCAAGAAGGACAACCCGAGGCGAGGCUUGUGGCUGGCCAACUGCCAGCGGCUGGACCCCAGCGGCCAGGGCCUGUGGGACCCGGCAUCCGAGUACAUCUACUUCUGCUCCAAACACUUUGAGGAGAACUGCUUUGAGCUGGUGGGAAUCAGCGGAUAUCACAGGCUAAAGGAGGGGGCAGUCCCCACUAUAUUUGAGAGUUUCUCCAAGUUGCGCAGGACAGCCAAAACCAAAGGACACAGUUAUCCACCUGGCCCCCCCGAAGUCAGCCGGCUCAGACGAUGCAGGAAGCGCUGCUCCGAAGGCCGAGGGCCCACAACUCCAUUUUCUCCACCUCCACCUGCUGAUGUCACCUGCUUUCCUGUGGAAGAGGCCUCAGCACCUGCCACUUUGCCGGCCUCCCCAGCGGGGAGGCUGGAGCCUGGCCUUAGCAGCCCCUUUUCAGACCUCCUGGGCCCCCUGGGUGCCCAGGCAGAUGAAGCAGGCUGCAGUGCCCAGCCUUCGCCAGAGCGGCAGCCCUCCCCUCUCGAGCCACGGCCAGUCUCCCCCUCGGCCUAUAUGCUGCGCCUGCCCCCACCCGCUGGAGCCUACAUCCAGAAUGAACACAGCUACCAGGUGGGCAGUGCCUUACUCUGGAAGCGGCGAGCUGAGGCAGCCCUUGAUGCUCUUGACAAGGCCCAGCGCCAGCUGCAGGCCUGCAAGCGGCGGGAGCAGCGGCUGCGGCUGAGACUAACCAAGCUGCAGCAGGAGCGGGCACGGGAGAAGAGGGCACAGGCGGAUGCCCGCCAGACUCUGAAGGAGCAUGUGCAGGACUUUGCCAUGCAGCUGAGCAGCAGCAUGGCCUAAGGGAGGUGCCGCUGGACUGACUGAGGGGCUGCCCAGCAAGGCUGCUGCCUCUUCCUCUCUCAGAUCCCACCAGGUGCCAUAAUAAAGCGGAUUCUAGACAGAG